AUUUUUUUCGUAAUUGCCGAAGAAUGAUUAACUGAAGAAAUAAUUGAUUCUGCAUCCGCAUAGAAGUGUUUUUUUUUUCAAAGGUUUUCCUGUAUUUUUUUUAAAGUUGUUCUAUUUAAAGUAGAGCAUUACUAAGAAUAGUUGAGCACUGUUUUGAUCCAAAAGUCGAAGACAGCCUAUUUUUAAUUAAAAUCAAUUUAGUUCAUUUUUUAAACUAUCAAAAAAUAGAUGAUGUUUUAAGCCUGCUUCUAAAACUAAGCAUAAUUACUGUAAUUGCUAUAAAAUGGACAUUUGCUCAGAAGUUCUACAGCCUGAGCCUAUUUCGUUCGAAGAGAAGCGAAAUAAAAAUGGAAGUACCAUUGACUUCCAAGAGAUAUGGAAAGAUAUUGAAACUGUCCUCCAUUCCGCUGCUGCAUGGAUUGAAUGCGAAACGCCACUGAGAAGCUCGGGAUUUCCUAGCAGCGAUGCCGACGAAAUUCAUCAUCAGGUAAAAUGUGCGAGCUCUUCUGAGGAUGAUGGAUAUUUAUCAACCUCAUAUCAUCCUCUCUCAACUUCAGAUACUGGAUAUCUUUCAAAGCAGAGCUGUUUAACGAACAUCCCGGGAAGAUACUGUAUUUCAAUGCAGCCCAAACAUGAUCAGAAUGUUACUAAUCCUACCACUGUGGAAGUGGGCGGUUCUACUUCCCAUUGCCCCACACCCCCAUCCUCACCAGAAUCGAAUACCAACGAAUUGGCCAUAGUAAAUAUUGCAUCUCCUAGCACUGUUAUCUCAGGAAACGGAUCAGAGAACACAUAUUUCCCUUCUUCGAGUUAUGAGAAGCUGAUUUUGCCAAAGACUGCAGCUGGGCAGUACAAUCCACUAGCUACAUGGAAACUCGAUGUAUCUCCUUUUCCAGUUUCCAUCCGACCCUUUCCUACCGCCUACUCCAUAGCAAGAAAUGCCAGCAUUUUACAAGUCCAUCCAGGUGAAACUACCACUUGCAACAUUCCACAAGUUUUCACUUGCGACCUCACCACCACGAAAUCUACCUGCGCCGUCCAAGCAAAACUCUCCAAAAGAAUAAGACGAUCAAAAAGACCCUCUAAGCGCAAAGUCACUUACCACACCUGCACCUACGACAGCUGCAACAAGACAUACACGAAAAGCUCGCACUUGAAGGCUCACGUGAGGACUCAUACUGGAGAAAAACCUUAUGCCUGUACUUGGUGUGGAUGUGGCUGGAAAUUCGCUCGUUCUGAUGAGUUGACCAGACAUUUCAGGAAACAUACAGGAGACAGGCCUUUUCGUUGUGAGUAUUGUGACAGGGCAUUUGCCAGGUCGGAUCAUCUGUCACUUCAUAUGAAACGUCACUCAGAUUUGUUGUGACGUAUCGCUUUUUUUGUCUGUUUUGUUAAAUUAAAUUACGACUC